UCGUCGUGUGAACAUCGUUUCGUUCAAUCGGUCAGAAACAUAUAUAUAUUCCGCUCGAUGAAAUAAAACUAAAUAAAAUAUAUCCUUUUAAAAUCAAAAGGCUUCAAGGAUCAACACAAAAAAGUCCGAAAUAAAUGCAAAUGCUGUGAAAAGGAAAGAAUAGUUAGUGAAUUUUUGUGAAAAAUGCUUAUAAAAUUCCAGUGAUUAUAAAAGUACCGAAAAAAUUGAAGAAUAUUUAUAUAUUUAAUUAGAACCAUAAAUAUGAGCUUUAAAGCUAGAAUGAAUAUCCUUAUCACCCUGCUGGUGGUUGUGGCCGAAGUGGUUAGCGGCUACUCGAGGUAUUCGAUGGAUACCACAACGCACGACAUUGCUCAUAAUUAUGGGAUGAGAGACUUCACCUUGAAAUCGCACAGUGGCAUCAGUCCCCUGGCCCAGCCGAUAACACCCUCUCCCGAGGAUUACGAGGAGUACGGGGCAGUAGCACAAUGGGGCGGGCGCGUGCCACGUCAUCAGCCAUCAAUUCCCCGCAACAACCUCGCCCGUUUCUCGUACUCCGACCAUAGCAAUUAUGUCAAUGCAAAUUUUUUGGACGAUGGCUAUCAAUCUGAUCAGGCGCCUGUGGGGGAAGUGACAGCUGAGAAGAUAAAUAGAUUGGGAACCCCAGAGGCCGUCCAAGAGUCCAAGAGAACCUACAUAAAGCAAAUGGCGUCACUUACGGAACUUGCCCUGAAGCAUCGUGCGGAGAUGCGCGAAGAAGGCCGCUGCCGGAUACCAAGAAAGGAGCUAGUCUACAUGAAUGAGGAGACAAAUGUCCAGUAUAUUCCACGGGCCACGUUCCUCCAUCGAUGCAGUAUGUUCUCCGGUUGCUGUGAAUCGGGUUACUUGUGCCAGGCGAAAAACAAUACUGUGGAAAUCGUGGAGAAGGCUUUCUACGUGGCGGUCAACAACAAACAGGCGAUACCCAGGAUGAUACAGUUGCAGAAUCACACCGAAUGCGAGUGUGUGAGGAACGAGAUGCGCCGGAAACGGAGCACCAAUUGCCAGUGCCCCAAGCACUUCACCGAUUUCAGCCUGUCGGAGUCUCAGUGGGGCGACAGGAUAAACACAGUCCAGGCACAGGGGCAACGGUGUCGAUGCGACUGCCACCUGAACAAUGAAACCUGCAAGCGGCUGAAGAAUGGAGAGGAAGGCUUCUCCGUAAUGGAGCGACGUCGGAUUCUGCGCGGUGAAAGCAGUCCUCCGUUCUGCAGUUAUGGGGCUUACGAUAUGAAAAACGGACGUUGUCCGCGUCCGGGAUAUCAAAAUGCGAAUCCGAGCCUCCAGUAUCACGAAUUCCAAUCCAAUGGCCACAACGGCAAGAGCUAAACCAAAUCCCUAAACUAAUAGUACUAAACCAUAGUACUGAAACGCAUAUUGAGAGAUGUACUGUGCCACUGAAGAAGAGACUCUCAUGCCGAAGGACCUUCCACAUAUUAAGUCCUUAGUAUUAUUGCUUUUUUCUGGCUAUUAUUGAAAUCGAAAUCAAUCGAAAGCCUGUCGAAAUAUUCAAAACCAUUCGAAUAAUUUAUUAUCUUAAUGCUAAAAGGCCAGUGAAACCGGAAACUAAAAAAAUACAUACAUUUAAAUUAAUCGAAGAUGUCUUCGAGUCUCAAGAUGAAGUAUUGCCAACCUACAUUCGAGUGUACUUAAUUUAUUGUCGAUUAAGUUCAUCUCCUAAGCUCCUAAUGUAAUAUAUACUUAUAUAUGUCUUAUUAUACUUGUAGACUCUGUAUACAAUUAAAACGAAGCUUCUAGUCAUAGCAAGCGAUUUAA